CACAGCCCCUGCGCCCACGGCAGCACUCAAGGCGACCGCGACAGCGGUGGGGGACGCUGCUGAGUGGAAGAGAGCGCAGCCCGGCCACCGGACCUACUUACUCGCCUUGCUGAUUGUCUGUUUUUGAGUUUACAACUUUUCCAAGAACUUUUGUAUACAAAGGAACUUUUUAAAAAGGACGCUUCCAAUUUAUAUUUAAUCCAAAGAAGAAGGAUCUCGGCCAAUUUGGGGUUUUCGGUUUUGGCUUCGUUUCUUCUCUACGUUGACUUUGGGGUUCGGGUGCCCCAGCUGCUUCGGGCUCCCGAGGACCUUUCUGGGCCCCCGAAUUAAUGAGGCAGCCACCUGGCGAGUCUGACAUGGCUGUCAGCGACGCGCUGCUCCCAUCUUUCUCCACGUUCGCGUCUGGCCCGGCGGGAAGGGAGAAGACACUGCGUCAAGCAGGUGCCCCGAAUAACGUGAGUAUCGUAUCACCCCGGGCCGCCGGGAACGCCCGGUGGGUUUCCGUGGGCCUCCUCUAUGGGAGGGAGUCCGCUCCCCCUCCGACGGCUCCCUUCAACCUGGCGGACAUCAACGACGUGAGCCCCUCGGGCGGCUUCGUGGCCGAGCUCCUGCGGCCAGAAUUGGACCCGGUGUACAUUCCGCCGCAGCAGCCGCCGCCGCCAGGUGGCGGGCUGAUGGGCAAGUUCGUGCUGAAGGCGUCGCUGAGCGCCCCUGGCAGCGAGUACGGCAGCCCGUCGGUCAUCAGCGUCAGCAAAGGCAGCCCUGACGGCAGCCACCCGGUGGUGGUGGCGCCCUACAACGGUGGGCCGCCGCGAACGUGCCCCAAGAUUAAGCAGGAGGCGGUCUCCUCGUGCACCCACUUGGGCGCUGGACCCCCUCUCAGCAAUGGCCACCGGCCGGCUGCACACGACUUCCCCCUGGGGCGGCAGCUCCCCAGCAGGACUACCCCGACCCUGGGUCUUGAGGAAGUGCUAAGCAGCAGGGACUGUCACCCGGCCCUGCCGCUUCCCCCCGGCUUCCAUCCCCACCCGGGGCCCAAUUACCCAUCCUUCCUGCCCGACCAGAUGCAGCCUCAAGUCCCGCCGCUCCAUUACCAAGAGCUCAUGCCACCCGGUUCCUGCAUGCCGGAGGAGCCCAAGCCAAAGAGGGGAAGACGAUCGUGGCCCCGGAAAAGGACCGCCACCCACACUUGUGAUUACGCGGGCUGCGGCAAAACCUACACAAAGAGUUCCCAUCUCAAGGCACACCUGCGAACCCACACAGGUGAGAAACCUUACCACUGUGACUGGGACGGCUGUGGAUGGAAAUUCGCCCGCUCAGAUGAACUGACCAGGCACUACCGGAAACACACUGGGCACCGCCCGUUCCAGUGCCAAAAAUGCGACCGAGCAUUUUCCAGAUCGGACCACCUCGCCUUACACAUGAAGAGGCAUUUUUAAAUCCCAGACAGUGGAUAUGACCCACACUGCCAGAAGAGAAUUCAGUAUUUUUUACCUUUCACACUGUCUUCCCGAUGAGGGAAGGAGCCCAGCCAGAAAGCACUACAAUCAUGGUCAAGUUCCCAACUGAGUCAUCUUGUGAGUGGAUAAUCAGGAAAAAUGAGGAAUCCAAAAGACAAAAAUCAAAGAACAGAUGGGGUCUGUGACUGGAUCUUCUAUCAUUCCAAUUCUAAAUCCGACUUGAAUAUUCCUGGACUUACAAAAUGCCAAGGGGGUGACUGGAAGUUGUGGAUAUCAGGGUAUAAAUUAUAUCCGUGAGUUGGGGGAGGGAAGACCAGAAUUCCCUUGAAUUGUGUAUUGAUGCAAUAUAAGCAUAAAAGAUCACCUUGUAUUCUCUUUACCUUCUAAAAGCCAUUAUUAUGAUGUUAGAAGAAGAGGAAGAAAUUCAGGUACAGAAAACAUGUUUAAAUAGCCUAAAUGAUGGUGCUUGGUGAGUCUUGGUUCUAAAGGUACCAAACAAGGAAGCCAAAGUUUUCAAACUGCUGCAUACUUUGACAAGGAAAAUCUAUAUUUGUCUUCCGAUCUACAUUUAUGACCUAAGUCAGGUAAUACACCUGGUUUACUUCUUUAGCAUUUUUAUGCAGACAGUCUGUUAUGCACUGUGGUUUCAGAUGUGCAAUAAUUUGUACAAUGGUUUAUUCCCAAGUAUGCCUUAAGCAGAACAAAUGUGUUUUUCUAUAUAGUUCCUUGCCUUAAUAAAUAUGUAAUAUAAAUUUAAGCAAACGUCUAUUUUGUAUAUUUGUAAACUACAAAGUAAAAUGAACAUUUUGUGGAGUUUGUAUUUUGCAUACUCAAGGUGAGAAUUAAGUUUUAAAUAAACCUAUAAUAUUUUAUCUGAA